CAAAAAAAUAAACCGACGAAACGAAGAAUUUAAUUAAAAAUUUAAAUAAAAAUGGAACAAAAUCACGACUACAAACACCAGAGAAACCACGAUGAGGACCAAGGAACGGAUCACCAACAUAGCUCAAAGUAUCAGAGAGCGGAGGGUCCCAAUUCCCGCGUUGUGGCAACGCAUUACAACAACAUCGAGGAGAAAGGCCUCGCCGAAAGACUGAAAUCGAAAAUCUUCCACAUGCGGAACUUCAACAAUUGGGUCAAAAGUAUGCUCAUCACGGAAUUUGUGUACAAAAUCCGGAACCAAAAUCCGCGCGAUCACCGCAUGAAAGUGCUCGAUUUGUGCUGCGGCAAGGGCGGCGAUCUGCUGAAAUGGCAAAAAGCGAAUAUCGGUCACUUGAUUUGCACAGAUAUCGCCGACGUGAGUCUGGAGCAGUGCAAGGAGCGGUAUAACACGACAAAAGCUCGCAACCACCGGACAUUUUCGGCGGAAUUUUUUGCCGCAGAUGCCACACACGUCGUUUUGCGGGACUUGUACCAAGAUCAGACCAAAAUAGACUUGACGAGUUGUCAGUUUGCCUUCCAUUACUGCUUUGAGUCGAUGCCACAGGCGGAAAUGAUGCUGCGAAAUGCCUCGGAAACCCUCCGACCGGGCGGAUAUUUUAUCGGGACCAUGCCAGAUGCCUACGAAAUCAUGGCGCGUCACCAAAAGUCAAAAGACACGAAAAAAUUCGGCAACGAUAUUUAUCAUAUCGAGUUGGAGUUCGAUACGGAUGAGCAACCGCCCUUUUUUGGGGCCAAAUAUAACUUUCAUCUGGAAGAAGCGGUCGAUUGUCCGGAAUUUCUCGUGUAUUGGCCCUGUCUCGUCAAAUUGGCGGAGAAUUUUAAGCUGAAACCGGUGCUUAUGGAAACCUUUGAGGACUUUUAUAAGCGAAAAAUUCAAUAUGGACGCGAUUUGGCUCGCAGAAUGAGAGUUUUUGAACCAUAUUCCUUACAAGAACGGGAUUUGUCGUAUGAUGAUCCAGCGGAAUAUCAACAUGCGAGAGAUUAUCUCAGAGAAAGACGCCGUCACGACAGAUAUCAAGUGGAUACGUUAUCGAAAUCUGAGUGGGAAGCGAUAUCUCUCUAUUGUGUAUUUGCCUUCCAAAAAGUUGAAGAAUGAUAAAAUAAAAUUGUUAAAAAAAGUCACGGACUGCGUUGUGCUCAAACGUAAAUUUUAUUGAUUGUACAAAUUAAAGUGCUGAUUGACUGAA